UCGAUCAAUACUGCGCGCACGUUUAUGUGCAGGUAACCAUUAAUCGUCAUGGCGUCUCACAACAGUAAAUACUACGUUCCGAAAAUAAGAAAGAAAGAUGCAAAAAAUACGCCGACAAUUUCGUCUCUUUUUAAAAAGCAAACUAAAAAAACAACUACAUCGGGUGAGCAGCCACAAGAGACAGAUUUGAUACAUCAAACAGAAGUUACCCAGCCCCCACCAGGACUGACUGACACAGAGGUGUCCCAUCCCCCACAAGAACUCACAGAAGUGACACAGUUCCAAUCAAAUACAAGAGAACAUUAGUUUGUGAGAACUUAAAGACUUCCGGUUCAGAAGCUGAUGCCACAUAUGCAAUUUUCUGAAUGUGGCUAGAAGCAAUGGUGCGUCCCAAAAGGAUAAUUUUGCUUUCAGUGUUUCUACUGACCUCGGUUGCGCUAUAUUUAUACCUGGUUGGGGAUGAACCUGGGGAUACCGCACUAAAACGGACAGCACAACUAGCAAAUAUUGACAGUGUAACUCGCGGUCAAAAUGUAGUUAUCAUUGAAGGAGAAACUAACAAUAAUGACAAUGCAAUUCAAGAUGAUAUUGUAAGUGUUGCAAAACGUGCAAGUCGGAGCAACAAAACAGUUUUACUUACAAUGGUAAAUGAUGCAUACCUUUCGUUCACAUACAGUUGGCUUUGCAAUACUAAAGAUAUGGGAAUUCAUCAGUCAGUACUAAUUAUAACAACAGAUGAAAUUUCAAAAACAAACUUGACUAGAGAUUGGCCAGAAAUCCAUGUAUUUUCUAUGGAAAUGACAACCUCAAAGGGUGAUCAGACUUAUAGCCAUGCAGGAUACAUCAAAAUCAUGGUCAAACGUACAGAGAUGAUACUUGCUAUUUUGAUGGCUGAUAUUGAAAUAUUUCUGUUUGAAGUUGAUUGCUUGUGGUUAGCAAAUCCUACACCAGCACUACAGCAGGAAAAGGGUGUGGAUAUUUUAGUGAAUCCGGUGGAGGGAGUAUAUAAGGUUUACGCUGGUGGAUUUCUGUAUUUGUUUACAACUCCCAGGGCAAAAUCAUUAUGGAAACAACUCACAGUAAUGAUGAUGAACCUUGGCCAGAAAGUUGAGAAGAUGAAUGAAAAACAGUAUAUAUCUGAGGCAGAAAAUGAUCAGCAGUAUAUAUCAAAACUCAUAAAUGAUAGGUAUGGAGGCUUGCUCAUCAAAGAGCUCUCAUUGGACGUGUAUGCUGAUGGCAAAUGGUACGAGAAGUCUGAAUCAGAUCGCGCCAAAUUACGACCUGUUAUCAUCAACAACAAUUGGGUGCUAGGGAACAAGAAGAAGAUGGAACGUGCCAUGAAGUGGAAACACUGGUUUAUAAGGCCAGAUUGGAGCUGUGACAUGGACCUUGUACGACAGGUUGUGUACCACUAGCAGAAGGGGGUUUACCACCAUCAGCAGUGAUGGGGACGGCAUGGACCUAAACCACAGACCUUGUACCAUUAGCAGCUCUGUACAUUCCUUUUAUAUAUGUUUCUGAAUAACUUGCCAAAAAAACUGUGUGCAGUUUUGAUUCUAUAAAAUCUGUGAUACUGAUAUAGUCAAUUUGACUGCAUACUAGAAGUAUUAGUUUACAUACUUAUAUCUGUGUUCUAGGAUGGUUGUAAGAACAAUGAAAUAAGUAUGUUUUUUAUGCCCCCGGAUCAAAUGAUCGGGGGUAUAUUGUUUUGGCCUGUCUGUCUCUGUCUGUCUGUCAUUGUAUGUUUGUGUCUGUCCCUGAACUUUAACCUUGGUCAUGACUUUUGCAAUAUUGAAGAUAGAAACUUGAUAAUUGGCAUGCAAGUGUAUCUCAUGGAGCUGCACAUUUUUAGUUGUGAAAGGUCAAGGUCAUCCUUCAAGUUCAAAGGUCAAAUAUAUUGUGUCAAAGCAGCGCAAUAGGGGGCAUUGUGUUUCUGACAAACACGUCUAUUUUUAAAUGGCAGUGUAUUUAAAACAAAAAGAAACACUGCAUGUCUUACCAUUUAACUGAUAACAGUUUAACAGUUUGGUAUUUUCCACUUCAGCUGUUUUUGUAUAUGCAUUUUUUGAAUAAUAAAAUCUGUUCACUCUU